AUGACUCUGCAAAGCUUCCUUAGAACCCUAAAGACAGCGAAACGAACUUAUCCAUUUUCAGUAUACAAUCUCCUAAUCUUUUCUUCAUCUAUAAACCAAACUAGUGAUUUACAUUCACCGACAAAACCAAUCUCCGAUCUCAAUCUGUCCACUCUUGGCCGUAUUUUAUCCGACCCAGACAUCAAAUCCUGGAAAUGCGUCUCCCUCUUCCAGUUCAUCCUCGAAAACCCGUCUCUUUUCUCGUUUCAGCCUGAUCUCAACACUCACUUGUCUCUCACAGUCUCACUCUCCGCGUUUUGUCGGAGAGGAAGUUCUCAGAUGCGCAGAAACUGUUGA